AUGCUUGCCUUAGGAGGUGAAUCAGUCGGUGAACCCUUAAUUAAAUCACUUUGGUUAGCUAGACUUCCUUCCGGAACUCAAUCGGUACUUGCAGCUAUUAAUGAAAAUCUCACUCACCUAGCUACCAUUGCUGAUAAAAUUCAUGAUUUGAAUCCUCAUUCAUCUGUUAAUAUGGUUCAUGCCCUCGCUUCAAACAAUAAUCCCCAAUAUGUUGAGAUGCAAACACAAAUAGCCCAAUUGACCAAACAGGUCCAAGAGCUGUCGUCUAUGAUACAAAAACAAGAUCGUGCUCGCCGAAGGAAGAAUUAUUUUCGAAGAAGUAGAGGCAGAAGUAAUUCACGUACCCGAUACAAAGAGGCAAAAAAUGGUGUUUGUUUUUACCACGUUGAUUUUGGACUGAAAGCAAAGAAAUGUAAGUCCCCCUGUACGUAUCGUGAGGCGGAAAACUGA